AAUAUCUACCAGUUUUUAAGUAGUUCAGGUGACUAAUUUACAGGUAAAGUAACCUGUGGAUAAGACUUGUUUUUAAUUUGAAGAUAAUCAAAGUGAUACUUAGUUAUGAAGAUCUUGGGACAAAUUUUAUUAGUUUUAUCCAUGGUUGCUAUAGGUUACUCUUUGGAGUGCUAUAGAUGCCGGGAACAGAGGGAUAAUUCUGAUUGCACACUCGAGAGACACCAAUGCGCCGAAUAUCAAGAUGCUUGUACAAGCUACGUGAGAUGGGGAGUUCCAUCAAAAUGGACACCUAGAGGAGAUCGAGUUCAUUCUAUAUCAAAAGAUUGCGACACUAUGCAAGGUUGCAAUAGACGUCAGGCUGCCCUGCAGAUGCACUGCAGAAGGGACUGGUUUCACGAUUGGGCCUGCGUUGAAUGUUGCAGAGGAGAUUUAUGCAAUCAUUAUAUAACUAGAUGCGACUCUUUGACCGGAAAUUGUAACUAUGUAAUGAGAUUUCACUCGGCUGCUAACAACGUCAAAGGAGAAAGUGGAUUAUACCUGUUGCUUACCACAUUUGGUUUUAUUUCGUUAUUCCAUAUAUGAAACUGUUAUAGUUGUUUUCUUCUCUUUUUUUGUACUUACCUUUAAAUGUUUUUAGAGAAUUUAACCGAUGAUUUUAUAUUAUUUUUAUUAAUACGUAAAUUGUUGAAAAAAGGUGAAAAAUUAAACAACGG